AUGUCGUCUUCACCAACAUACAUGCGGCUCAAGGGUCAGAAUCUAGUAUACGCUGUUACCCUCUCUUGUUCUCUCGGGUUCCUACUUUUUGGCUACGAUCUCGGGUUCAUGGGAGGUCUGACCACCGCUCCAGAGUUUCUCAAGACCUUUGGCAACCCAGAUCCAUCUCUUCUUGGCUUCCUGGUCUCUUCAUAUGAGAUAGGAGCGCUCUUCGGCGCUGUCUUUGUGUUCCUGCUGGGCGAUCGCUAUGGUCGCAGACCUAUCAAGUUGACAGGAGCUGGAGUGAUCUCGACAGGCGCCGUUAUCCAAAGCACUUCUUUUGGAGUCCCUCAGUUUCUCGCUGGUCGUAUCAUUGCUGGCUUUGGCCUCGGUAUGAUGACUUCAGUCAUCCCUAUCUGGCUUGCUGAAUGCGCGGCACCAAAGUCUCGUGGACGCAUGAUUGCCAUGCAGCUUUCGAACUUGAUCAUGGGCCUAAUCAUCGCCAAUUGGCUCGACUACGGUAUGGCAUCUUACCCUUCCAGCAUCCAGUGGCGCUUUCCUUGCGCUUUCCAGAUUGCAUUCUGCGUCUGCGUCGCCUGCCUUGUGCCGUUCUUGCCCGAGUCGCCUCGGUACUUGGCAAAGACAGGACGACUGGACCUUGCAAUCAAUAAUCUUGCUGCCCUUCGUGGUAUGAACCGAGAUGAUCCUGACUUGCAACGAGAGAUGAAAGACAUCGAAUACAUUGUCGAAGUCGAGCAACGAGAAGAAGGAACCUGGAGCGAUGUUUUCAAGGAUGGAGGCAUCAGUGGCUCUACCCGCGUCGUCAUCGCGUGUGUCGCCAAUGCGCUACAACAACUCACCGGCUCCAACGUCAUGUCCAGUUUUGGUCCCUACAUUUUCCAAAAGUCGAUUGGCAUGACCCGACACCAAGCACUAUUGGUAUCAGGAGGCCUUCAGGUCUUUUUCUUUGUCAGCAGCAUCAUUCCUUGGUUUAUCAUCGACAGAGUCGGUCGACGUCGCCUGUUUCUGUUUGGGUCAACCGGACUUGGUCUUUGCAUGGCAUUGUCGGCCGUGUUUGUCGGAGUCAAGGGCAACAAGAGUCUUGGCUAUGAUCCUUCAGAGCUUCUCCCUCUUAAGCUCCGUCUUCGUGGAGCUGCCCUCUCCGUCGUCUUCCAAUGGCUUGCCACCUUCCUGAUCGUCGAGAUUGUCCCGCUCAUGAUCAGUAGCAUCGGAUACAAGUCCUACAUCGUCUUUGCCGCCAUCAACGUUACAACCAUCCCUAUCGUCUACUUCUUCUUUGUUGAGACUUCUAACCUGCCUCUUGAAGCAGUGGAUAUCCUGUUUGCGGACCGCGAUGGUAAACGUCCGAGCAUCCUGCAAGUUGUUCGUGAUAGCAAGGAUAGAGAGUACAUGGCUGAUGUGGUGCGCCGGCUUCAUGCGGAGGCUGAUAUCCAAAUUGAUUUCAACAAGAGUGGUGCCAAGGAGGAUGUCGUCUUUGUUGAGAAAGUUGAGGCUUGA